GAGGGUACAAUCGUAUCAUAUUAUCGUUGAAAUUAUAUGGACAAGGAGUAGAUGAGAAUAUAUAGUUGCUGUGAAUAUUAAAAAUAGAUCAUAUAACUCAUUAAGUAACUAUGUCUCCACCCAAAACUAAAAAAUUAAAUAGUAGCACAGCUAGUAUAGCAAGUGAUAAACGAUUAUCAAGAACAAUAUCAGUUGAAUCAAUUGCUCCUAAAAUAUCACAAUUGUUUAAGAGAAAUAGAAAAAGAGGAUUUGAAGAUGAUGACUCCGUAGUCUCUUCACCAAUUGAUACACCACGAGAUUCAGACGCCGAAGAAGAUGGCGAUAAACAUAAUGGUGAAGAACCAGUAACUAAAAAGAGAAAGGUUAAAACUAAACAAGAAGAAGAAUUCGAAGAAAAUGAAAGGAAACUAGAUGCUGAGUUACCGGAAGAAUUAAGAAAGUUCAGACCAGCUGGUUAUAAAUUCAAUUUACCACCUACUGAUAGACCAAUUAGAAUUUAUGCUGAUGGAGUCUUUGAUUUAUUCCAUUUAGGACAUAUGAGACAAUUGGAACAAGCAAAGAAAUCUUUUGAAAAUGUUGAAUUGGUAUGUGGAGUACCUUCAGAUAUUGAAACUCAUAAAAGAAAGGGAUUAACUGUAUUAUCAGAUCAACAAAGAUGUGAUACUUUAAAACAUUGUCGUUGGGUUGAUGAAGUUAUUCCUAAUGCUCCUUGGUGUGUUACUACAGAUUUCUUAGAUGAACAUAAUAUUGAUUAUGUUGCUCAUGAUGAUUUACCAUACGCUUCUGCAGAUUCAGAUGAUAUUUAUAAACCUAUUAAACAAAUGGGUAAAUUUUUAACAACUCAAAGAACAGAAGGUAUUUCAACUUCAGAUAUUAUUACUAAAAUUAUUAGAGAUUAUGAUAAAUACUUGAUGAGAAAUUUUGCUCGUGGAGCUACUAGAAAGGAAUUAAAUGUAAGUUGGUUUAAGAAGAAUGAAUUGGAUUUAAAGAAACAUAUUAGUGAUUUUAGAGUAUAUUGGGAAAAGAAUAAAGAGAAUUUUAAUAAUGUAUCUCGAGAUUUAUAUUUUGAAAUUAGAGAAUUUAUGAGAGGUAAAAAAUUUGAUGUACAAUCAUUCUUAGAUAAUAAUAAUCUGGCAACUACUAGUGAUUCUGAAGAUACUAUAUCAAGAAUAAGUUCACCAUUAACAGAAUUUGCUGCUAAAUAUAUGGGAAAUGCUAAUAAAGAUUUAAAUAAUAAUAAAUCUAUUUUUGCUAAUGUUAGAGGUUGGAUUACUCGUGAUGAUCAUGAUGAUUCAUCUAAUGAAGAUAAUGAAGAUCCAGAUACUCCAAAUUUAGCUAAAUCAAAAAUUAGACCCAUUAAAGUCCCUGUAACUCCUAAUAAAUCUAGUCCAAAAAAGCCUAGACGAAAUUCCACCAAUAAAAGAGCAAAAAAGUAAUAAACCUUUAAUAAUUUCAUUUUUCUAUAUUUAUAUAUUACUACUCAAUCAUCAUUAUUACCUAUAUAAUAAUAACAUAUAGUAAGGACACUUUGCACAUUAAUGGCGAAAAUUUAAAAAUACAUAGUAGUGCCCGUUGCCUCUUCGCG